UACGUGUAAUUCAAUGUAGAAGUAUUGUAGUUUCAAAAAGGAGUUUUCGAAAUUAUAGUGGUCAAAUUUUUGAGUAUCACAAUCAGAAUCGUCUAAAUGAUAAUUGGUGUUUUGGAGAUACUGUGGUGUGAGAACAUCGUCGAUUAUGGCAAUAACUUCGUUUGAUAUAUUUUUUGACAAAAAUACAACCAAGUCGUCGUGUUCAAAAUCCUCAAAUUUAAACACAUUUAGUUCGAUGAAAAUCGAUUAUACAACAAACACGAGUUUGACUAGCAGUAAUGUUAAACAUAAUAAAGCUAAAAUCGAUAAAUACAUAUCGCCUUAUAUUUCCGAAAAUAAAGUUCAACGUCUCUCACGAGUAACUGAAAAGAGAUUUCAACAUAAAAAUAAUGAUUUUAUGUCAUCUUUUCCUUUGGCUGUCAAUAUUUAUAAAGCCAAUUCUGAUGAGUUUAAAUCUGCAAAAAAAUGUAAUAAGAAAGUAAAAAAGUCGGUUUUGACUCUACCCAACGAGACAGCUCCUUUACCGCAUGCAUGUACUGUUAGUGAUAUGAAUGAUUCGGAGUACUUCAACGAUGAUAAAGACGAGUUGAGGCCAAAAAUGAGAAAGGCCGCUCCAAAUAAAAGAAAGUCACGCUUGAGGAGUAGACUUAAUACUUUACAUGAUAAAGACGUAAAAUAUUGUUCAAAAUUAGAUAUUCAAAUGGAAAAGAGCUUUAAAGAUAUGGAUACUAAGUUUGCUGAUGAUGAUAGCAGAAAUUUGAAGAAAACACAAAAAAAACCUUUAAGAGUUAAUUCUGAUUUUAAUGCUCAUGAUGUUUGGUCUCUCCUUCGUAAGGCCGAACACUUUAAUUUUAGACCGUCCCCACCUGUGUCCCAAGAAAGUAGCUUAGUAUCAAUAAAAAAGAAUAAAAGAAAAAAAAAUAAGCAACGUAGCAAUCGCAACGAUUCAAGAUUCAUUGAGACUCGGACAGAAGAAUUUGCAUACAUUACUAGUUUUGUUGGUAAUCCUCAAAAUAGCUGUUCUUUAUCCAGUUUUGAUCGAAUUACUGUAAUUGAAAAACAAGACGAAAUACAAACAAUCAGUAAUGAAAUAGGAAAAGGGGAAGCUGACAAAUCGACGAUUCCAUUUCCGUUUAACUGUGAUAGCGGAAAAAGUCAAAACACUAGUAAAUCAAAGAAAUCUAAGCCAAAACAAAGUCGUAUUAAAGUGAAUAAUUCUGAAAAAAGUAGCGAACAUGUUUCUCAUAGUAAAGUUUUAAGGCCAAUUACAAUACAAAGGAAUGAUGUUUUAUUAAAGGGUAGAGAUAAAAAACAUCAAAGUAAUGAAAUAGUAUUUCAAAAUGAUAUUGAAAACAACAAGAAUAAUUUCAUAGAAAUUAAUCUUAAUAAUGAAUUAAAUAUGACUCAAAUUAACCAAUGUAAUGAUUUAGAUAAUUAUUGCAAUUUAUCGGAGAAAUCUGAAUCAAGUAAGGAGGAUAUCAUAGAAAUUAAUAUAGCAAAUAAAAAAAUAUAUGACGAUGAAUCAAAACAACAUGUUACUGGUAUUACAAAAGUCGUUUUUAGUAAAGGUCAAAAUGUACUUUUAACAAAACAAAGUACACUAAGCAAGCAAGAUGUUUUAAAAAAGUCUCACUUAUCGUCCUCAGCCCCUGUUAAUUCGAUCAAUCCUACAGUUAAUCAAAGUUCGAUAAAGUUAUCUGAAAUAAAACGAAAAUUAAAUAGUAUAAGGUUUCCUUUAGUUAUUUUGGGCAAAGAUCAACUUAGUUCUACAAUUACUGUGGAAAAUUAUGACCCACCGCAAUUCGCAGGUUUAGAUGAACAUAUAUGGCCUUUUAUGCGAAAGUGGUAUACCAUUGACGGUCCUAAUUUCGAUGAUGAUAUUAAUAGCAAUGUGAAUUAUAAAUAUCAAAGUUUAAAUAGAAAUAAUGCAACUACUAAUACUUGUGGUAUCAAUAAUAGUAAAAAAUCUUCGUGUUCUAAAGUUGAAGACAAGCGUAAUACUUUGCCAAGCGACCGAAAUGAUACCAGUCUUAAGAAACCACAUGAAAAACCCAUGCACAGAAUUAAAAACAGAAUGAUGCAAUUUAUACACAAAAAAACCAUCCCUGAACAUGAAAUUUACAACACUAAGUAUACUGAUCAAAAAUCAGGCAGACACAUUAAAGUUUCAAGCCGCAGGGUAGAUGUUGGUACAAAUACUGUUAAUAAUUUUGUAUUUUCCAAGCAACCAUAUUUAUUGCCCAAAAAUGACCUUCAAAUAUCUAAGAAUGUUUCACCAUUAACCACCAGCAUUAAUAAUAAUGUGAAGAUUAAGUCUAAAUGGGCAAGUGAUUUUAUUGAAAAUGUCAUUAGAAAAAUAAGAAAUGGGGUAUAUUACUAUCAAGAAGAAAAAGACAAAUUUAGAGAAUACCAUAGAAGUACUAAAGACGAUGGAGUGCAAACAGAAGCUGAAAAAAGUCAAAUAAUUAAAUAUUCAGUUUCUAAUCACAAUAUCGCUGAUGAAAAUACUGUAUCUGAAAAUAAUGAUUCAGAUUUAUCAAUUCCUGGAUUUGAUAACAGACUUUCAGACUUAGAAAUUGAGACAUUAAAUAACUUCAAUCAAGUUGCAGUUAAGCAUUGCGUGGCCAACAUUAUAAUACAAUUUGAUGUGGCUUUAUCAUUGGAAAACAAUCGCGUUCUUCAAUUAAAACAGUCAUAUCCUUGUAUACCAAUAACACUGAUCAAAAAUCAGCCAACGGUAUUCAAAUGUAAAACUACUAUUAUUAACGCAAUUCUUCCUGCAGAACUUUGCAGUAUUAUGCCGAAAUUAAUGAAAAAAAUAAUGAAUUAUAAUUUGUCAACACCUGUUGUUGAUAAGGUUAAUUCUAAUUUAUCUACUAUAUCAGAAUUUACUCGAUGUGAGAGCGAUGAUUCAAACAGGUCUUUGGUGCCAGUUCAAAUUAAUCUCAAGAUAAAAGUGGCCAAUGAUGGACAAUUUUCAUCGAAACAGAUUUCUAGGGAUAUUUCAAGAAAUAUGAAGAUAACAUCUCAUAAAUCAUUUGAUUUAAAUGAUAUAAGAGGACUUUUAACUACAAUAAAUAAAAAUAUUCUACCUCUGUGGCACAUAAAUCUCAUAGAUUUGUGUAAUUACGAACCAAAAACAUCCGUGGUUGAUAAUACUAUGCAAAGUUUGAAAAGGUUGCCUAAUACUUGCAAUACUUUACAACUAUAUCAGUUUUCUUCCAAAAAACUGUUGCAUUCUAGUGAUAAUUAUAGUUUUGUGCGCAUUGUAGAAACUAUAUUAGGUUCUAGAAAUAUUAUAUUUAAUUUAAACAUCUCACACAAUAAUAUUUUAAAAGUGGUAUUUUACAAAAAUCCGUUUAUGAUUAGCUUUGUAACGAUAAAGAAUCCUGAUGCUAAUGAACUUAAUUCCACUAGCCCUGAUAUAAGUAUUCAAGAUCCACAUUAUGGUAAAAGAAAUGAAAAUGACGACAACUUUGUUGUAACGUCUCAUUUAAAUAACUUUUAUCCUGCAAAAGCUAAAACUGUUAGAAGUAAUUAUUCACACACUUCUAAAGCCGAGAGGGGGAAAAGCGUAGCUGAGUUUUGUAUAAAUAAUACUAGAAAUAAAAAGAGAGGAUUUGUAAAAUUGUACAAAAAAUGUAAAUCUAUGUCUAGUAUAUCGAGAAAUAGGACUAGCACCAAUUUAAAUAAAAUUACUAAUUUGGAAGAAUUUUGCCUUGCUUUGGGUUCUGGAAAGAUGUUAUCCGCAGUAUUAGACGGAAACGCAGAAAGGAAGAUACUAUCUGCAAUAAAAGAGAUGAAGAAUUGGAUGAAUGACAUAACACCUAGUCAGGCUUUGUUAGUUUUAUUGUUAAUGAAUAAAAAGGAAACAACUAAUUUAGUUCGCUAUCGUCCUAUUAUAUUACAAGGUAUAGCAGUAAAUAGGAUAACGCGAACUUCAGAAUUGGAUAUGGAAAUUGAGGUUAUAGAAAGAGAGAAUCUAAAUAAAUUAAUUCAGUACGAAGGAAUAACUUAUUUACCAGCAUCUGAGGAAAAUCAAGAUAGUCUUUUAGAAGAGCUAUAUUGGAUAGCCAAAACAACCGCGUCGGACUAUCAAAAACCUUUCGACGAGUCUUCUGAGCGUCUUUUAAAGUCUUUGUUAGUAAAAAGAAAAAAGUUGAACCCUUCAUAUCUACGGGUAAUGGCUCGUUAUGUUGGGCUCGGUCUUCUUAAGUCUUCAAAAUAAUGUGAUUUAAUUUUAUUACAAGUAAAGUAACACAUCGUCGUUCAGCUACUGUAAAAAUUGAUAUAUAAAUUACUAUGUAAUGACAAUAAUUUU